AUGGCACCUCGCAGAGCACUCUUCAUCAUCGAUAUUCAAAAAGAACUUGCAGUCGACUCCAAAACGCGAGUUCCACAUGCGGAUCGAGUGAUCGCCUCCGCCGAGGGAAUCCUCGAGGCCGCCCGGUCGGUCAUCGAUUCCCAUCGCGAAAACAACCAACUCUCGCCAUGGGCCAUCUACUUCAUCCAGCAUGAGGACUCGCCGGAAAAGGGCACAUUGGUGCGCGGCAGCGAGCCGUGGGAACUGGCGUUUACUCCCCGCGUGGAUGUCGAGGAAGAGAUCGUCAUCGCGAAGAAGACUGGCAACACAUUCGAGUCAAAUCCCACCCUCGCCGCUCGACUCCGCAACGCCGAUGUCAGCGAAGUCGUGGCCCUGGGGCUGCAGAGCGACAAAUGCGUGGAAGCGACCUGCCAGGGUGCGCUGGCGGCGGGAUUUCGCGUCACUCUUCUCGCUGGCGCGCACUCGACUUACGACUCGGAUGGUAAGACCGCGAUAGAGAUUGAGCGCGAGGUUGAACGGCGGUUGUCGACUCGGGGGGCGCGUGUCCUGCGAUGGGAAGAGGCGGUCUCGCAGUGGGUGCAGAAGCGUGGGUAG